GGGGCGUACCCGUGCUCGACCAGUCAGAUUGAAUAUGGAGUUUAAACUCUGAGCGCGGGCGGUCCUAGAGUAGCUUUGGGGCGGGCCCAGCAAUUGAGGACGCGUGCUUGAAUUUGAAUUCAGGCAAGAGCUGACAACUUCUUAAGAUAUUAGUUAACUACUGCAGCAUAACAGAGACAGCGAGCUGUAUUGUGACACGAAUAUAUAAUUUCCUGGUGAAUUCGACUCUACGUUUGUGAGUGUGUAGUAUUUAGCGAGUAUCACUGCAACAUUUAAAUCGCUACUCCGUGCUGUAACGUUAGCUACAGGCAUCACUGUCCGAGGAGAGAUCACUGCACUUGCAAUGAAAGCGGGCGUAGUCCACUGCCGUUGCUCAAAAUGCUACUCGGUUCCGGCACGGAAGCGGGUCCGUAAGCGAACUCCAACUGUCACCUUGCUGUCUCUCCCUGAGGAGGUCCUCCUUUGUGUGCUCCAGUGCCUCUCUGCUGAGGAUCUGCUGUCUGUCAGAGCGGUUCACUCCCAGCUGCGGGACAUUGUUGACAACCAUUCCAGUGUUUGGGCCAGGGUCAGUUUCAGAGACACGUGGCCAUCCCCCAACAGCUUAUGGUUAUUUGAAAGAGCUGCAGAAAAGGGAAAUUUUGAAGCAGCUGUGAAAUUAGGGAUUGCUUAUUUGUACAAUGAAGGACCAUUGUUGAGCGAUGAGGGGCGAGCGGAUGUAUGUGGUCGGAAGGCCUCCCACUUCUUCAGCCUGGCCGAGAGCCUGCGCUCUCCUUUGGCAGAUCCCUUUAUCUGGGUGUUCAUCCGUCCACCAUGGUCGCCCACUGGCAGCUGCUGCAAGGCCGUGGUGUUUGACCGUCUCAAGGCUGAGUGUGACGACAACAUGGAGAAGAAGGGGCCCUUGUUGCACUGUUUGGCCAGAGUUUUGCAGCUGUUUGAAGAGGAUGAAAGACGUUCAGACGCCAUAUCGAUGCUGGAAGAGUCUUCGCAGGCUGGCUGUUUACAGAGCUCCUACCUGUUAUGGGAGCACAACCGUAAAGCAGCUAUGGCAGAUCCAGGCAGGUACCUUCAAUGUGUACGAACUCUGAGGGACUAUGCUGGCAAAGGAUGCUGGGAGGCACAGCUCUCUCUGGCCAAAGUGUGCAGCAGUGGGAAUCCACUGGGUUUGGAGGCAAAGGCCUGCUCUGACUUAGUGGCCCAGCUUUUCAGUUCUUCUAACCUGGCAUCGCGUCGCUGUGCUCAGAGCAUCCUCAGACGAGGCAUCAAGGACACCAUGAGGUACAUCCUGGUGGACUGGCUUGUGGAGGUGACCACCAUGAAGGACUUCUCCAGCCUGACGCUGCAUGUUACAGUGGGUUGUGUGGACCGCUACCUGGCUCUGCGCUCUGUCCCUAAGGCUCGCCUACAGUUGUUGGGAAUUGCCUGUAUGGUAGUUUGUACACGCUAUAUCAGUAAAGAAAUCCUGACCAUACGAGAAGCUGUUUGGCUCACAGACAACACCUACAAGUAUGAGGACUUGGUUCGGAUGAUGGGAGAGGUUGUCUCUGUGCUGGGGGGAAAGAUCAGGAGCCCCACACUGCUGGACUACGGGGAGGUGCUGCUGUCUCUGCACCCUCUAGAGAGGCGGACCACUCACCUGUUCAGCUACAUCUGUGAGCUGUCCCUGCUCUACUCUGCUCUCGCCACACCACCUCCUGCCAAACUGGCCUGCGCUGCACUGCUGCUUACACGUGCUCUACAUCAUUAUGCUCCUAUCUGGCCCAGCCAGUUAGCUGACUACACAGGUUUCUCCAAGCAAGACCUCACCCCCCUCUCUGUGCUGCUCUAUGUCAAGUGUUUCAGUCAAGAUGUUCCCAAAGAUUACAGGCACGUGUCUCUUACUGGUGUUAAGCAACGGUUUGAGGAUGAGGCCUACCAGCACAUCAGCAAAGAGAAGGUAAUGGAUUUUAAAGAGCUGUGUCAGAUCUUGGAGAUUCCUGAAGUGGAGCCUCAGAUGGAGCCUCCCAGUCCUACCAGCCAACCAGCAGACAUCCACACCUUCCUCGCCUCCCCAUCCAGCACCAACAAGAGGAGACGUGAUGACAACAUGCAGGCCCACAGAGGCAGCUUUGUGGCCACUCCCACGGCGGAGCUGUCCAAUCAGGAGGAGACACUGCUGGGCGACAUCCUGGACUGGAGUCUGGACACUUCCUGUUCUGGCUAUGAGGGGGACCAAGAGGAGAGUGAGGGGGAGAAAGAUGGCGAUUCUUCAAUGAUAUCCAUCAAACUGCACCCACUCACUGAUGAAGACAAAAGACUAGAGCACUGCAGAGCCCUCUCCAGCGAUGAAGACAGCUUCUGUGAAGUGGAACGAGAGGCGAACAAGGAUUGCCAAGACCAGGAACCUCUUUUCUUCUCUGCAGACCUUCACAGUUCAGGAUACUCCUCCGUCCAGAGUGUUAGCCCUUCAUCUACAUGCUCCUCCUCCCUUGUGCCUUGCACACUCAAGACAUUUACUUCCUUGGGCGCAGCCUCUGCCAGUUCCCAGCCAGGAUUCCGCCUUUUGGUGCCCAUGCAGAGGCCUCGGGGUACCUCCAGCAAACAAGUGAAGAGGAAGAACUCAGCGGCUCACAGUGGAGGUGAGGUGGAAAGGGAAGAGGAGGAAGGGGAAGUAGACGAGAAUUCUGCCGGUGCGGGGUUUCUGAGCCUUUAGACCGUGGUUGUUCAACUGGCCUCAAGCUGUUUACAGACCACCUGCUCAGUUAUUAUCCUCCAGCACUUUUCUUUUGUUCUUGAUGCUGUUCCUCACUCCUGUCAGUGUGCACUGGUCCGUCAGUUGCCAGAAGAUCGAGACUUUGAAGGUAAAGACAAGUAAGGGAAAAUAAAUAAAUAUUAAUUACCUAGAGACUUGCCUUUCUAUUACAUUGCAUUUCAUUUCCGUGUUUACAGGCAUGGAGCAAAAUACCUCCCAUAGACCGAAACAGUACACCCUUUGACUCGCAGUUAGCUCUGAAACCACUGGAACAUGACUUGACUUUCCUCAGGACCCUGGUACAAUAGUUGCCAUUUUUGUUGUUUUACAGCCUUCUACAACAACCUAUCUCAGAUCACGUUGGAUAGUUGUUAAAUAAAUGAAACCUCAUGGACUUGUUCAUUGUGGAAAACAUUAAACAUAACUGUCAUGUUA